ACACAAGCUAGUGUACUGGUCAUAUAACAAGAAGAAGAAUAAGAAGAAGAAAAUGUUGUCUAAUUAUUCUGCUUCUCUUUCUUCAGUAGUUCUAACCAUCUUCGCUGUUCUUCUGCUUCGCGGUUCCGAAGCUCAACUGAGCUCCACCUUCUACGAUCGCACGUGCCCGAAUGUGUCGGCUAUCGUGACCAGCGUCAUCAAGCAGGCGCAUCAGUCCGACGUUAGGAUCUACGCGAGCCUCACCCGCCUUUUCUUCCACGACUGCUUUGUCCAAGGUUGUGAUGGAUCGUUGUUCUUAGACAGUACCCCUACGAUACAGAGCGAGAAGAGCGCGCCUGCGAACAACAAUUCGGCCCGCGGGUUCCCCGUGGUGGACAAUAUCAAGGCGGCGAUAGAGAAUGUUUGUCCCGGCGUGGUCUCGUGCGCCGAUAUCCUCGCCCUUGCAUCUGAAGCUUCUGUGGAUCUGUCUGGCGGUCCUUCGUGGAGCGUGUUGUUGGGAAGAAGAGAUAGCACGACGGCAAACCUGGCUAGCGCCAUGAACCUUCCGAGCCCCUUCGAUACCCUAAGCAAACUUCGGUCCAAGUUCUCCAAUGUCGGCCUCAGCGACACCGAUCUCGUCGCCUUGUCGGGUGCCCACACAUUUGGUCGAGCACAAUGUCGGUUCUUCAACCAACGCCUGUACAACUUCAACAACACAGGCCGACCCGACCCGACCCUAGACACGACCUAUCUGGCUACGUUACAGCAGAGUUGCCCUAAAAAUGCAAACCUAAACGGAUUGAACAAUCUCGACCCGACCACGCCCAAUAAGUUCGAUAAAAACUACUACUCCAAUGUCGAGAACAAACGCGGCCUCCUCCAGUCCGACCAGGAGCUGCUCUCGUCGUCGGACGCGGCGUCGACCACCGCACCGAUCGUAAAUAGUUUCGCCAGCAGCAAGAGCACCUUCUUUCGCGCGUUCGCGACGUCGAUGAUCAACAUGGGGAAUAUAAGCCCGUUAACCGGGAGUCGAGGGGAGAUUAGAAGUAAUUGCAGAAAAAUAAAUGGAAGUUGAAGGAUUUUUACAAAAAAAAUUUUGCAUCGGUUGAAUAAGUUCAAAGGUGUGUGACAAAUUUAUUGUAUGUGUAAAAUGAAAAAUAUAAUUGUGUUCUCAAUGAGAGAGCAUAUGUGUACAACAAAUUAUUUGUUUCUCUUUUUUUUUUUUUUUAAUGAAAUAAAGAGGGGAGCUUUAAGUGCUCUUUGGAGUGUU